CCGGCAGACGUUGACGCGUGACUGGCAAAUUUACAUCUCCAACACACUUGAACUAAUUUAUUUUUCGCUGCAAUUUGCAAACAAUAUAUAAGUUUUUUUUUUGUCGUGUUUGUUUAGUGACUUAGAAUGGGCAGCAAAUUAUUUAACAAACUACUACUGGUGGCUGGCUUUGCGAGUUUGGCGCAUGCCGCUUUUUCUGCCGCACAUCAUCGCACCUAUUUGCGUCUCACGGAGCAGGAGUGGACCAGUCUGCCACUGGAUAUUAUUCUGCAAACUGUGAUCAGCUUGGUGCUAGUCGUCUAUAAUAUUAUACAGAUUGUGGGCAACUUCAAGGAAAUACGUGCCACAGUUGAUAUGCAACAGCGCACCUGGGAUACACUGGGCAAUUUCCCAUCUUUCUACACAUUCAAUCAUCGCGGACGCGCCUUGAGUCCAAGCUACAAGCCGCCCCGGGCAAAUGAGCUCGAUGCCCAGCAGCAGUAGACAGCAAUAUUUAGCAAUAUUUAAAUAUACAUAGUGUGUGUGGCAUUCAUAUUUAGUCAAAAAUAAAUAGAAUAUUGUGUG